GGUAAACGUGAUGGACUUUUUGUAAGCGAAAGGCGAUCGGUUCGACACAUGAGGCCAGGAAGUUUAAAUGCAACAUUGUUUCGGAAGCGCAUUUAUAGGCUGUUGUUCGAAAAGAAGGAAUUAAUUAAAACAGAGUUUUUGUUUUGAGUAUUUUGAAUACUGUUGCAUCUCUUGCAUUGCAGCGCUGUUUCCAGGACAUCGACUCCUAACUUUUUAUGAUGGAUCGCUUAAAGGUAGUUUUUCAAUACUUCCAGUCGAAUUCCGAGUCCAUUUCCAAUGGUAUAUGCGUGGUGCUGUCUCUGGUAAGCGUUAAACUGUACACCAGCUUUGAUUUUAACUGCCCAUGUCUACCGCGGUACAAUAGAAUGUACGGACUCGGUGUGAUGUUUGUUCCACCGGUUAUUCUCUUCUUUCUCGGAAUUUUGGUUAAUCGGCAUACUGGAGUGAUGAUGGAGGAAUAUGCCAGACCCAUAGGCAGGAGGACCAAAAAUCCAGCCGUUACGAAGUAUUUGUUUUCAGCGAUGAUGCAGCGGGCCAUGUUAGCUCCAAUGGUUUGGAUCCUGGUAUCCUUAUUGGAUGGGAAGUGUUUAAUUUGUGCCUUUAGCAUGAAUGUGGAUCCUAAACACUUCAAUGGGUUCCCCAAUAACACUGGCCUUGAUGUGAUCAGGAUCAUGGCUAAGGUGCCUUGCAAGGAAGACAUCAUCUUCCAAGACAGCACUUUCCGGAAAGCUGUCUCACGCUAUGUGCGCUGUUACUCUCAGGCAAUAGGUUGGUCCAUCCUUCUCUGUCUCAUUUUCAUGGGUGCAGUAGCUAGAAUUAUUAAACCAUGCUUUGAUCAUGCCACCUUUCUUCAGACACGCUAUUGGAGCAACUACUUGGACGUUGAGGCAAAAAUGUUUGAUGAGACUUGUGUCCAUCAUGCCAGAGAGUUUGCCAAAAAAUGUGUAGUGCAUUUCUUUGAGUGUAUUGAAGACGAUGUGGUUCUUAGAAUGCCACUCUCCCCCAGCCUCAGAUUUCAGAAGGGCCAUGAUGAGACUGAGGAAGAAGAUGAGCGUCUCCAUGGUGUGACCAGGAAGGAUCAGGUGGAUCACUUGCUUGAAAGCUGGUUCCUGUCCAAACCUGAGUUGGAUGUGACCAAGAUGUUAUAUAGGCCCACCAAAUGUAUUACUUGGGAAGACCCUACUGGACAAAUACUUUAUUCUGAUGUGUGAAAUGAAUGAUAAAUAUGAUAUGAUAAAUAUAAAUAUGUAUGCGUGUACCCAUACACCCAUAUAUACAAUAUAUGUUUUACCACUGUGUCUCUGUCUCUGGUGUCGCAGAAAAGUUUAAUUCUAUCAUGGUCAAUAUAGUUUUUUUCCCCCUGCUAUUUGUGCUGCAUUGGCUUUUCUGUGGGAUUGGACCCUGUGGGCAUGGGUGAGCUUCAGGUGCCCAUGAGCCAAUCACCAGUUUGUUGCUGUUGUCUGUCUCUCAAGACAAGGGGUCGCCGCAGUGGCCGCACAUACAAGCUUGGCAUAGGUUUAAUGCCAGAUGCUUAUGUUAUGGCUGAUUGAUAUGUGUGUAUAUUGUAGACAACCAAGUCUC